CUCGCCCAAUGGCCCAACCCACAGGCCGAGGUGGUAUAAGAACCGAGUUGGCUUAAGUCGGCCGCAGCCCGCAGGCACCACUUAAAAGGCGGUCUGUGGCUCGGCUCCCCGGUUUUCACAUCCCUAUCUCUUUGUUUGAAAGUUGAAACCCCAAACUCUCAUUUUGUCUUUCCACUUUCACUCCGAAACCCGCCGCCGCUGCCACCUCGCGGUAACGCACUCAAUAACCUGCCGCGCCUCUUCUCUUGCUCACAGGAAAGAUCAACGUUUUCACUAAAUUCUUUUUGAGUUUUGGAGGUUGUGUUUGUAGCUUGUGAGACGAAUAAUCAUGGGCAGAAAAGGAGGGAAAUACAGGAAGAAGGAAAACGUCAAGAACAAGUCGGUUGAGCUUGGUUCUGAUGACGACGACAUGAUGAACGAUGAAGUCGAUGCCUUUCACAAGAAUAGAGAUGUUUUGCCUCUGAAGAUAAGUGGUGAUGUGGAAGAGUCUGAUGAAGAUAAUGAGCAGCCAGUUUUUGAUUUUGAGGAUGAGGAUGAUGAAGAUGAUGACACUGAUAAUGAGGAUAAGCCACCAAAGGGCCGGACAGCCCAAAUUUUAAGGACACAAAAGUAUUUGCGGGCUAAGUUUGGUGGGCCUGCGGAUGAACUGCUUGAUGAUGCUGAUGAGGAAGAUCAAGAAAGAGUUGUUUGGCGCCGCAAAAAAGAUAUGUAUGGUGCUGAUCCUCAAUCAAGUGAUGAUGAAGAUGCUGUUGAGGAAGAGGCAGAGGUUUUAAAAUUGCAAAGGGAGAAAGCAAAAAUUCUAUCAGUGGAGGAUUUUGGUCUUGAAGAUGCUAGUCAAGAUGAGAUUGAUCAGGAGCCCACAUUUGAGGAAAUCUUGGAUCACGGGAAAUCGAAAACAGAAGUUCCUCUUAACAGAGAAAUCAAAGAAGAUGGAUCAACAUAUGAGAUUGUCAAGAAAGAUUUAAGUGCACUAACUAAGGAAGAGCAAAUGGACAUUGUGUACAGCUCUGCUCCCGAAUUAAUUGGCCUUUUGUCCGAGUUCAAUGAUGCUGUUGAUCAACUAGAGAACAAAAUUACUCCCCUUGUUGACAAGGUUCGAGGUCGACAGACUGCGAAGAAAGGAGAUAUGCACUAUCUCGAGGUAAAGCAGCUUCUAUUGCAAUCCUUUUGCCAGGCUAUAACAUUCUAUCUUCUUCUCAAGUCUGAGGGGCACCCAGUCCGUGAUCAUCCAGUUAUUUCUCGUCUAGUGGAGAUCAAGAGUUUAUUGGAUAAGGUAAAAGAAAUGGAUGGGAAGCUUACUUUUGAUGUGGAAAGCUUCAUGAACAAUGAUGUGGAUAACACUACAUUUAUGAAUUCAGUUGAACAGAAUGGUGUAUCAGGAAAUGAUUCGUCUCGGAAUGAAGCAUUGGUUGAGCCUGUCAAAUCAGCUGAUUUGGAUAUCUCCAAGGCUUCGAACAAUACCAAGGCACAAGGGAAGCAUGAAGAUAAACAAGUCGGGUUGCAGAGCAUUGAAAUGCUAAAGAUUAGGGCUUCCCUUGAGGAAAAAUUGAAACAGAGAGGUGUAUUUAGUUCCACUGCGCACAAGAAUGGUGGAAAUGCAAAACAUGUCCAGUCAGUGAAUAGACAACUUGAGACUUUGGAUGAUUUUGUUGAUGAAGCCAUGCAAAUAGAUGGGUCGACAAAUGGAAAUCCUGGCAAACUGACUACACGUCCAAAUAAACGCAAGGUUAUCUCUGGUGAUGAUGAUAUACCGAAAAGGGAUGACAUUGGGGAAAGGCGAAGGAAGCAUGAAUUACGUGUUCUUGCAGGAGCCGGAAUUGGGUCGGUCGAUGAGGAGACAACUAAUAAUAUCUCCAGUGACGAAAUUGCAGGUGUUAGUGAAGAAAGUGAUGAUGACUCGGAUUUGGAAUAUUACAAGAAAGUGGAGCGGGAACACGCUGCAAAGGUUGCUGCAAAAUCCGAAAAGUAUUCUAGGCCCAAAAUGGAAGUUCCAUCUUUGCCGGACACAAUUGAUGGAAAGCGCAACAUUACGCAUCAGAUGGAUAAGAAUAGAGGCUUAACGCGUCCACGCAAGAAGCUGACCAAAAAUCCCAGGAAGAAGUAUAAGUUGAAGCACCAUAAGAUGGAAGUACGCAGAAAGGGGCAGGUUCGUGAGGUGAGGAAACCCACAGGACCUUACGGUGGGGAAGCAUCGGGUAUUAAUGCAAACGUCAGCCGCAGUAGAAGGCUAAAUUGCUAGACCCCCAAUUUAUUUAAAAUCGUGUCUUCCACCUUGAAGUAUUAAGUCGUUAUAGGUUGUCUUCACCAUUUUACAAGCAUUCCGUUUCUACUGCUGCUAGAUUUAAUUCAUUGAAAUUCUAUCCAACAAAACGGAAGAAUUAUAAAUCUCCAAAAUAAUAGAUAGAAUUGUCUUUUGUCCUUUAUCCAAGUUUACUAAUUCAAAAGUUUAUCAGAAGCCUGGUCCAAAAUUCUUGUUGCCGAUUUUGACAAUGGGACUGGCCUCAGAAUAUUUUAUAAUUUGUGGUUAGGGUAUAAAUGAAUCAAAAGAAAGAUGAGAGUUAGUGAUGAGAGGAUUGUUUGGAAUUUUUUCUGACUUUUAAGAUAUCAAGUUCGGUUGAAUCUUGAUCAGUGACUAUUUUUCGUUUGAAUUAACUGAUUUUGUUUUUCAUAUUAUCUAUUAAUAUAGUGUACUUGAGC